UUCCGUGUUACUUCCUUGUGUAUAAAACUGUAUGAACGCGUGUGGCACGCGAUUUGCAAGAGUCAGCCCCAGUUGCAAUCCGGGGUCGGAAGAAGAACCAGAAUUUAGAAAUAGCAAAACAAAAAUGAGAGACAUUAGUGCGAUUCUUCUCGUCUCGUUUGUGUUCGUGGCAAACUUUCGAAAUGCGGAUAGUAGAAGAAUGUCACUCUCCGAAGUUAAAGAAGCUCUGCAACCGAUAAGAAAACUUUGUAUUGACAAAGUGAAAACUGAUCCAAAGCUGAUCGACGACGCGAACAAUGGUAAAUUUGUACCUGAUCGAAAACUGCAGUGUUAUUAUAAAUGCUUGAUGCUGAAUACAAAAUCUAUAAGUAAAGAUGAUAAGGUUGUAGAAAAAGCACUUGUCAAGACUGCGGAGCUCAUGUUAGAAGACAGUUUGAAACAACCUAUGUUAGAUGGUAUAGAGCAUUGUCACUCGAUCGCAAUAAAACCGUUGGAAGGAUGUGAGUUAGCGUACGAGAUGGCAAAGUGUUUCUACGAGUACAAUCCAGCGAUUGCUUUCUAUCCGUAAUAAUAAUUCUGGGAGGAUUUUUCAACAUAGAUAGAAAAAAAACAAAAACAAAAAUAGAUGUAAAGAAACGAAUAGAGAAAAGCGAUUUCGGUUUGUCAUGACGAGUAUAAGUAAGAGAACGAAUUUUAAAACACACAUGUGAGCGUACAAAUUGCGCAUCGAAUUCUGUAAUCGAAAAAACAUUUCAAAUAUAUGUUAAUUACGCA